GUCUUUCUCAGCGUCUUUCAGAGAUCCCCGUUAUCUCUCUCUCUCUCUAUACCUUGCGUUGCUUUUUAAAGAAGCUUUUGCUUUUUAAAGAAGCUCGUUUAGUUCAGAACCUUUUUGUUCAGUUCAAUUCAAUUCAAUACAACUCGAUUUCUGUAAGAGUCUUGGAGCGAAGAAGAUUAGCUGUUUGGUCUUUUGAAGCUUUUUGUGGUUGAUUCGUCGAUUAAUCUUGGGUUUAUUUAUGGCGGGAAUUUGCUGUGGAGUUGUUGGAGAAGGUGAGACCUCGGCUACAAUUGAGCCGAGCUCACGGGCCUUGAAGCGCCGGAAAAUGGAGCUUCUAACAUACAAGUUCAUCGCCGAUGUCGCCGCCGUGCCCGCGACGGCGGCUGUGGAGUUCUCCAGGAAGCGCCGGAAGCUGGAGUUAUGUGCUUCGGGUUGUUCGUCUUCGCGCGGGUGCGAUAACGGAGUAGAGAGUUCGGGAGCGAGAAACAAGGACGGAAGUGAAGGAUCGCAAGCAAAUGAAGCUUCGCGUUUGAAUCUUCCGCUGAAUCUGUGCGAGAACUCGGCGUUGGAGCAUGUGGAGAACGAGAGUUUGCAUCUUGUAAACCCUAAGUUUGGUGUGACGUCGGUUUGUGGCCGGAGAAGAGACAUGGAGGAUGCUGUUUCAAUUCAUCCUUGUUUCUCGCAGCAGGAAGGUUCGGUUCAAAAUGGAUUUCACUUUUUUGGAGUGUUCGAUGGCCAUGGUUGCUCUCAUGUGGCGAUGAAGUGCAAAGAUCGGUUGCACGAAAUUGUGAAGGACGAGCUAGAAUCCGAUAGAGCCGUGGAGGUUCAGUGGAAGGAGACGAUGGAGCGUAGCUUCACGCGGAUGGACGAGGAGGUCCAGGAGUCAAACGGCAGCGACAGGAUCUCCAAUUGCCGUUGCGAACUCCGGACUCCGCAGUGCGACGCCGUUGGAGCUACCGCCGUCGUCGCCGUUGUCACGCCGGAGAAGAUCGUCGUCUCCAACUGCGGGGAUUCCCGUGCCGUACUUUGCCGGAACGGCGUCGCGAUUCCCCUCUCCUCCGAUCAUAAGCCGGAUCGGCCCGACGAACUGGUUCGGAUCGAAGCCGCUGGAGGGCGGGUGAUCUACUGGGACGGACCGAGGGUACUCGGGAUGCUAGCGAUGUCCAGAGCGAUCGGCGACAACUAUCUCAAACCCUACGUGAUACCGGAGCCGGAAGUGACGGUGACGGAUCGGACGGACGACGACGAGUGUCUGAUAUUGGCCAGCGACGGAUUGUGGGACGUAGUCUCGAACGACACCGCGUGCGGCGUGGCCCGCAUGUGCCUCCGAGCUCAGAAGCGGCCGUCGGCGCCGAGAUCUCCGGGAAACAGCGGCGAGGAUAAAAAGGACGCGGCUUUCGAGAGCUCCAAUAAGGCUUGCUCCGAUGCUUCGAUAUUGCUCACCAAGCUAGCCUUGGCCAGGCACAGCACGGACAACGUCAGCGUUGUGGUGGUGGAUUUGAGGAGAGAACGUUAACGACUAUAGUUUAGAGAUAUCAAUGAAACAAAAAUACUAAUUAUUAUAUAAUUUUAUAUAUACAUAAAUGAAAAGGAUACAUAUGGGUAGGUUCUUUUUAACGUUAUAAUUGUAAGUUGUAGGGUUCCUUUUCCGGUUUAACAUAAUUGAGGGAAAGGAAAAUCAUCUUUUUCUUUGUUAGUCGGUCCUAAAUUUGGUCCCAAGGCUUUGUUUUAAGCAAAAUCAAAGAGGCUGUAAAAGAAUCAGUUGUUUGGUGUCCAUCGCUGUAGAAAUUUGCAGGAAUAUGGUAUAUACGCUUGCAGGCUUUGUACAACAAAUUGCAACUCAAUUUAAAUCCAGGAAAUUGUGUUUGCUUA